GUCUACGUAAAGGACCAGGAGGUGGCACAGUUCACAGGGUUUGGGAAGAACAAGGUGCGCACGGUAGCCUGCGCAGACUACCUGUUCCGUCUGCUGGAACACAGAUCUGUCCUGCAGAAAUCCAUGGGCUCUGGAAGCUGGGAGGAGAUGAUACAGGGAGCAGUGGGAGACCACUCCUAUAUCAAGGUAUUAACUAGAGUGGAGUAUGAUACAGGGAGCAGUGGGAGAUCACUCCUAUCUCAAGGAGCAUCUAGUGGAGCAACUAUGCCUGUAUAAUGACGUCAGUGAGGCUUUGAAGUGGGCGGAUUGCUACAGCCUAGAUGACUCUGUGAUACCACACACUGUCAGAAGUGCCAGGGAGAAAAUUAAGAGCCGCCCAGACUCCCAGCAACACCAAAGUCCAACAGUGGGGAUAACUGGAACAUCCACUGGUGUUACAUGGGGGAUGUCUGGAACUGCCAUGGCGUCUACGUUGGAGGUACCUGGAACAGCCAGCAGUGGAACGUGGGGUUUUCCUGGAACAGCCAGUGUGUCCGCGGAGGAUUGGGACAGUUUCUGCUUCACAGAAGAUGAAAUUAAAGCAGCUUAUCACCAGUUGAAGCUCAAGGAGUCCCCAGCAGUGUUCCUAGUAGAGAACGAUGACAGUGACGUGGUCUACAGACCAGAGCCCGAGGGUCAGGGGGACGGGGAGGGGCAUGAGAGGGGACUCAGUGAAGUUGUCAAGCGGUGCCUGGGGCGACCACUAGACAAGUCUGAGCAGAUGUCCAACUGGGAGCGCCGGCCAUUGAAAACUGAGCAAGUGAAAUAUGCAGCCCUAGAUGCAUACGUCCUACUAGAGUUGUAUGAUGUGCUGAUCAAGCUGGCUCAAGAUCAAGGUGAUGAUAUCGACCUUGAGCCCAGUAUCUCCAAGAAGUGGCUCAGACCUAGCAAUAACGAGAAGAAACGGGCGAAACAGAGGGGUGACCAUAGACAGAAAACUGCCAGAAAAUUGCCCACCAAGCCAAUUCCCUUUCCCGGUCAGCCCUGUUCCCCGGGGAUCUACGGGUUGUCGUGGAUACCAUGCUUCAAGGCCUGGGCAGACAGCUCCGCAGCUGUGGUGUCGAUGUUCACAUCAUGGACCCAUAUGUUGAACACUCUCAGGCCAUAG